AUGGCGCCCAAGACCUCCGAGGCGGAGUCGCCUCCUUCUUCCUCUUCCUCUUCUUCCUCCUCCGCGGCGCCCUCUUCCACUACUUUAGCAGAGAACGAGUUGUUCGGGUCUUCGCAGCCUCUGCACACGUUCCCCGUUCUUCUGCAGCAAUGUCAGCGACGCACGAACUCGCUCUUCAUCAACUCUGUCGGGCUGCGGCCUCCAGCCUUCCUGCCGGCAAUCGAGGAGAAGGUCAAGCUAAAGCUGCACGACGAGUACUUCUUUCCUCCGCUUCUUUCUUCCACCGCUUCUGCGCCGGCCUCUUCUGACGAUCUCGCGCUCUACACGCCUGCCUCUGCCUUGGACGGACCCGGGGCGCUGCCGCCCUUCGCGGUCGCACAGGAGCCGCCCGCGGCCGGGGCGAAGGGCGCAGAGACAGAGGAGAGGGGCGAGCAGCCGGCCGCGGCGGCUGCGGGCGGGAACGCCUGCACGACACUCGCCGUCGCCUCCUCCGCCGAGCCCGCGCGCGCGAAGAAGCAAAAAGUCGCUAUCUCGUGCCCAGCUGUACAUACGCCCGACAUGACCGUCGCCGACCUUGUUGCUGAGCUGUCCUCACGCACCGCCGCGUCCUCCGUUCCCUACAACGCCUCCUCCGGCGCCGCGGCGUCUUCGGCGGCCGCGCCGGUGCCGGGUGAGAGCAAGUCUGCGCCCGCCGCGUCGGCGGCGGCCGCCGCGAGCGGCUCGCAGCUCGCGCAGGGCUCCGCCUUCGUCGGCGGCGAGCUUGCGAAUCUGCGGCUGAAGAAUCUCCCCGCAGCUCUCCGACCCACCUGGCACGCGCCGUGGAAGCUCCACCGCGUCAUCGCCGGGCACCUCGGCUGGGUCACGUGCAUCGCCGUCGACCCGACGAACGAGUGGUUCGCCACAGGUUCCAACGACCGCCUGAUAAAGAUCUGGGAUCUCGCGUCGGGCACUCUGAAGCUCUCGCUGACAGGUCACGUGUCGGCGAUUCGCGACAUCAAGAUUUCCUCGCGGCAUCCGUACAUGUUCACCUGCGGAGAGGACAACCGCGUCAAGUGCUGGGACUUGGAGCAAAACAAAGUCGUGCGCGACUACCACGGCCAUCUGUCAGGUGUGUAUACACUCGCGCUGCAUCCGCAGCUGGACAUUCUCUGCAGCGGCGGCCGCGACGCCGUCGUGCGCGUGUGGGAUAUGCGGACGAAGCACGAAAUUUACGUAUUAAGCGGCCACCAGGGCACGAUUAUGUCGCUGCAGAUGCAGUCCCUCGAACCGCACAUCGUCUCGGGGUCGCAGGACAAAAUGGUCCGACUGUGGGACUUGACAGCGGGGAAAUGCUCGGCGGUGUUGACAAACCACAAGAAAAGCAUUCGCGCCAUGGCAUUCCAUCCGCAGGAGUACUCUUUCGUGUCUUGCGCGGCCGACAAAAUCAAGGUCUGGAGAUGCCCGUUGGGGGCGUUCGAGCGCAACAUGGAAGGGCACAACGCGAUCAUCAACUGCUGCGCAAUCAAGGAGGACGGAGACUCUUCGAUUCUCAUCGCCGGAACGAACAACGGGCAACUGCACUUCUGGGACUGGGCUUCCGGAUACAAGUUCGAUACAAUCCAGUCUCGCGUCCAGCCCGGCUCGCUUGAAAGCGAAAACGGCAUUUUCUGCUGCGCCCUCGACAAGUCCGAGACGAGGCUUCUGACGGGAGAGUGUGAUAAGACGAUCAAGGUUUGGAAGCCAGACGAAGAUGCAACGGAGGAGUCACAUCCGUUGCAGUGGAAGCCGCAGAGGACCAUGAAGCGCUACUAG